ACAGAGGCGAGCCCCUUUUUUCCACCACAUUCCUCCACACGAAAACGUCAAAUUUCAGCCCAAAAAUAGUGUACUGUUAAAAAAAAAGGAAAUAGAGGGGGAGACUCAAAAAGUGUCCGAUCGCCACAAACAUGGCUGCUAGUGCUGUUGCUGUCGACCCCGUUUCUGUAGCCACAAUCACGCGAAUUUGAAUCCGAGAAAAGUAUCGCGAACAUAUCGUCAAGAGUUGUGCGUCGGGUCAAUCGUGCAAACCAGUGAGCGGUUGUGAUUUAUAAUCCAACAGGAAAACAGUGAAAUUCGGGAGUCUUGGAUGGAUUCGAGGUCCCAUUGUAUGCCAGUUUCCUUUCCGUUCCCAUUCUGCCGUCGCUUGGGGAGAAAGAAGAAAGAGCCUUUCGUACGCACACACAUAACCAAAUCGGUCAGUGAAAGGAGUGUGUUGAAGGAAGAGAAAUUGUGUUGGCAGUGUUGCUGAUUUAAUUGAAACCCAAUGGUCAAGUGAGUGUGUAAAGUGAUUCUGAUCAGAUUUUGUUUUUGAUAGUUCCAGUUUCAUUCAAGAGUUUAUAAUUCAGAUUAAUAACGGAUCGAAGAAUUCCCAGAAAUAUAAAUAGUUUUAUUUUCAAUUAUGGUCGACCACUUAUAUCACGUUACCUGAUCGCAUUUUUUCGAUUUUCUCAAAAAGAUACGGUGUGAAAAGUGCACAUCUCUGCAGAAAAGAAAAAAGAGUCUUUUCCACGGUUUUCUCCUAUGCUUUUGCCACAAUGACAAUAACGUUGUUAUGCUGCUGCUGAUGAUGAUUUCACACGGUGGCCGACUCAAUUAUCGCCGCGGCAGUAUUUUAUGCUUUUAAUCCCCGAGUGCCUCUCCCGGUGUAAGUGUCCGUAAUUCGCAUUUGUGUGCUUCAGUGCUCGAAGCACAAAGUAGAAAAAGAAACGAGUUGUUAUCGCGAAUCGUUGUAUUUUUUGUUGUUGUGUUGUGAGUGCACAAUUUUAUGAAAGGUGCGAGGAAAUCCUACUCGAAGAGAAAAAGUUCAUUGUGCCGGGAGCCAGUGCAAAAAGGAUACGUUUCCUCUGAUUGCAUGUGUUAGUAGUUUUUGGCUGUCGGUAUAGAAAGAUUGUCCUUGGGGCUGAAGAAGAGGAAAAGAAUAAUCAGAACCAGCUGAUUCCGGGCCUGGCCCAGCACAGUGAUGACAUCCAGAAGAUGGUUCCAUCCAGCGGUGACGGGUGUCGAGGCGGAGAACCUACUGCUCGAGCGUGGCUUUGACGGUUCCUUUUUGGCGCGGCUGUCCUCGUCGAACCCGGGCGCAUUCACACUGUCGGUACGCCGUGGCAAGGAGGUGACCCACAUUAAGAUCCAGAACAAUGGCGAUUUUUUCGAUCUUUACGGAGGUGAAAAGUUCGCCACGCUCUCGGAGCUGGUUCAGUAUUAUAUGGAAAACGGUGGGCAGUUGAAGGAGAAGAACGGACAAAUCAUUGAGCUGAAGCAGCCGCUCAUAUGCGCGGAACCAACGACAGAGAGAUGGUUCCACGGUAAUCUGUCCGGUAAGGAGGCGGAAAAGUUAAUCCUGGAGCGGGGCAAGAAUGGCUCCUUUCUAGUGCGUGAAUCUCAGAGUAAACCGGGCGAUUUUGUGCUCUCCGUGCGGACUGAGGACAAAGUGACACACGUGAUGAUUCGGUGGCACGAAAACAAGUACGACGUUGGCGGGGGCCAAAAGUUCGCCACCCUGUGCGAACUGAUCGAGUACUACAAGCGCAACCCGAUGGUGGAGACCUGCGGUACGGUCGUCCACCUGAGGCAACCCUUCAACGCGACCCGGAUCACGGUGGCUGGCAUCGACUCGCGGGUCGACCAGCUGCAGAAGGAGAACGGCAGCCACUGCUACGGCAAGGGCGGCUUUUGGGAGGAAUUUGAAUCUCUACAGCAGCAGGAGUGCCGACACACGUUCUCCCGGCGGGAAGGCCAGCGGAUCGAGAACCGGGUUAAGAACCGCUACAAGAACAUCUUACCAUUUGACCACACACGCGUAAAGCUGCUGGAUGUGGAUACCACCAUCCCCGGCGCGGAGUACAUCAAUGCCAACUACAUCCGACAGCCAACAGAUCUGGAGCAUGACUUCAACUUUCUGUCGGAGAAUCUGUCGCCACCGACCAACAGUUACACCAACAGCGGUGCGACAACCUAUGCCAGCAUCAACCAGCAGCCGACGAAGAACUGUCAGAGCUGUCAACUGUUGAACAAAGCCUGCUCCCAGUGUUCCAUGAAGACGAAUGAGUCCAAGCACAAGCGGAACGAAUCGAUUACGUCCCGUUUGCCGAUACAGGUCCAAGCCCAGAGCCCACCGAAGGUGCUGGGGCACCAGGAGAAGGAUUUCGUGAAAACAUACAUCGCCACACAGGGCUGUCUGGCGAACACGAUACAGGACUUCUGGAACAUGAUCUGGCAGGAGAACACACGCGUGAUAGUGAUGACCACCAAAGAGAUCGAGCGGGGCAAGAAGAAGUGCGAGAAGUACUGGCCCGAUCCGGAGCAGACCAAGGAGUGGGGCCAGGCGAGAGUUAGCUGUCUGAGUGAAACCAGCACGGCGGAUUACACCCUGCGGGAGUUUCUACUGUCGUGGCGAGGGAAGGAGGAGCGCAAGAUCUACCAGUACCACUUCCAGGUGUGGCCCGAUCACGGUGUACCAUCGGAUCCGGGCUGCGUGCUGAACUUUCUGCAGGAUGUCAAUGCGCGCCAGGAGCUGCUGCGGCUGGAACAGUCGAACCCGGGGCCCAUUUGUGUGCACUGCUCGGCUGGAAUCGGACGCACCGGAACAUUUAUUGUGAUUGACAUGAUUCUCGACCAGAUCGAUAGAGAAGGGCUCGAGUGCGAGAUCGACAUCCAGCGAACGAUCCAGAUGGUGCGCUCGCAGCGCUCCGGCAUGGUCCAGACCGAGGCACAGUACAAGUUCGUGUACUACGCCGUUCAGCACUACAUCCAGACGGUGUGCAUGCGCAAACGGGCUGAACAGCAGAGCCUCCAGGUUGGCCGGGAGUACACCAACAUCAAAUAUGCAUGUGAUAACAAUGAUCUGCAGCGAACGCCUCUGCCGGCAUCACUGUCGACACAUAGCUUAAACACUAGGCAAGAUUUGCAAAAUAUUCGCUCGCAUAACCACACCACUAGGUACUUGUAUAAUACUAAAUUUGUAAAUUUGCGGUCGACAUCUGACUCACAAUUACCAUUACCGAGGGCUGUGACUGACAUGAAUAACCCUUCAUCAGUAUAUGAGAACAUUCCCAAAGAAUCGCGACCACCACCAACACCACCUAGGAAAUCAUGACAAAUGGACUUUUAAGGCGACAGGCCACUAUCACACCACUACUACCUAAAAGGAAGGAGAAGGAGAAAAACAAACAAUAUAUAUCAACAUGAGCAACUUGGGAAAGUUCGCAAAAUGAACAAGACAGUAAGCAAGAGCACAAGAAAAGCCUGGAAGAGCAGUGCGACUUUCUCCAGGAACGUAGAGGAAGCCUUUCCGACUCGAAAGAAAGGAAAUUUAGAGUGAGGCGUGGCAGAGAUCGUUACAUUAUAAAACAAAAAGAUUGUUUCCCGCAAGUUAAAGACGGAACGAAUACGCAGUAACAGGCUACACGGAUAGUGAUGAAAAACGGUAAUUUUUCGGAACAAAAAUUAAGAUGGCGGGCUGUUCCCGAGACAGAAGAAAAAUGUCAAGAAAGGUGAGAUAAGAGAAAAAUGAUGACCAAUCAGCGCGUAUCUAGUCCAACAAAUAUUUGCAAUGGAACAGCCCAAAAGUUUCAUCUCUGAUAUGUAUGACAUAACUAGAAUUCAAACCAAAUUGUUUUUUUUGUUUGACGGAGAACUCGAUUAGGCAAAUAUUCGAAAGCUGCAAAUGUGAUUUAAACGAACUUCUACUACUAUAAAUGGAAUGAAUGCGAGUGAGAACUAGAGCUGAACGAUGAAAAUGCGCAUCCCAUACGAUAUCGAAUUCGACGGUGUUUUUAUAUAUAUAUUUUGGUUAUUACAUUUUCAUAAUGAUAUGUUUCGCUGCUGAAAGAGAAUUCAUUUAGUUAGUUCAUUCUGCUUUAAGUUGUAUCGCAUCAAUACUUUUUUAAGCUACGAUUUUUCUUUCUCUUUUGUUUUGUUUUGUUCACAACACAAAUAGUGCCGCAAACAGUUUGAGGAUAGGAGACAAAGCAACGGUUUUACGUCAUUGUUUACUUCUGUAGUGUUAUAUAUUAUGGUUAUCACAGUUGAAAUAUUUUGAAAAUAUAUCAUUUCACAACACAUCGUUUAGGUUGA